AUGGAGGAAGAAAACCAGCAUCACCACCACCAACUCGACGACAACGACGACAACGAUUGGCGCCUCUACGAAGCCUACAACGAACUCCACGCGCUCGCUCAAGAGCUUCACACUCCCUUCGACGCGCCCGCCGUACUCGUCGUCGGCCACCAAACAGACGGUAAGAGCGCCCUCGUGGAAGCCCUAAUGGGCUUCCAGUUCAACCACGUCGGCGGUGGCACCAAAACCCGCCGCCCCAUCACCCUCCACAUGAAAUACGGCCCACAUUGCGAAUCCCCGUCCUGUCAUCUCCUCUCCGAUGACGACCCCUCUCUUUCUCACCAAAUGUCCCUCCCCCAAAUCCAGGCUUAUAUUGAAGCGGAAAACGCGAGAUUGGAACGUGACUCGUGGUUAAUUGCUCCUGCACCAGGUAGAAAAAAUAGGGCGUUACAGGUACAGGCACGUGCGGUGGAGUCGCUCGUGCGAGCCAAAAUGCAGCACAGGGAGUUUAUUAUACUCUGUCUUGAGGAUUGUAGUGAUUGGAGUAACGCGACCACGAGGCGCGUUGUGAUGCAGAUUGAUCCGGAGUUGUCGAGGACUGUGAUUGUUUCGACGAAGUUGGAUACUAGGAUACCGCAAUUUGCGCGUCCUUCUGAUGUUGAGGUUUUUUUAUCGCCGCCCACGUCUACGCUUGAUGGUUGCAUUCUUGGUGAUUCGCCGUUUUUUACUUCGGUGCCUUCGGGGAGAGUUGGUUCGGGAAGUCAUUGUUUGUACUCCUCCAAUGAUGAUUUCAAACAGGCUGUAAGCUUUAGAGAGAUAGAAGAUGUUGCGUCCUUGGAGGAGAAAUUGGGAAGGCCAUUGUCAAAGCAAGAAAGAAGUAGGAUAGGUGUGAGCAAACUUAGGCUGUUUCUGGAAGAAAUACUACAAAAGAGGUACAUAAAUAACGUACCGUUGAUCAUUCCACUUCUUGAGAAGGAGCAUCGGAGUGUGACAAGGAAAUUGAGUGAUAUAAAACAAGAGUUGAGCACACUGGAUGAAGCCAAGCUGAAGGAGAAAGGAAGAGCUUUUCAUGAUAUGUUCUUGACUAAGCUGUCAUUGCUGCUUAAAGGGACAGUUGUUGCGCCGCCCGAUAAGUUUGGUGAAACACUACCAGAUGAGCGAAUAAAUGGAGGUGCAUUUGUUGGUGCUGACGGUGUUCAAUUCCCUCACAAGUUAAUACCUAAUGCAGGGAUGCGUCUUUAUGGUGGUGCACAAUAUCACCGGGCAAUGGCUGAGUUUCGAUUUGUAGUUGGAGGAAUCAAGUGUCCUCCAAUCACUCGGGAAGAAAUUGUAAAUGCUUGUGGAGUUGAAGACAUUCAUGACGGGACAAACUACUCUAGGACUGCUUGUGUAAUUGCUGUUGCAAAAGCUCACGACACAUUUGAACCUUUUCUUCAUCAGUUGGGUUCUAGAUUAUUGCAUAUACUUAAGAGAUUGCUCCCAAUCUCUUUUUAUCUUCUUCAGAAAGAUUGUGAGUAUCUAAGUGGCCAUCAGGUGUUCCUCAGGCGUGUUGCCUCUGCCUUCGACAACUUUGCAGAAUCUACUGAAAAAUCAUGCCGUGAAAAAUGUAUGGAGGAUUUGGUAAGCACCACGCGAUAUGUCUCAUGGUCUCUACACAACAAGAGUCGAGCUGGAUUACGCCAGUUCUUAGAUUCAUUUGGUGGAACAGAACAUUCUAAUGAUCCUACUGCAACUGUUCUAUCACAAACAAAUACGCCAGAUAAGGAAGACACGAAGCCACAACUAGAAGUAAAGCUCAGUCAUGUGGCUUCUGGAACUGAUUCUAGCACAUCCAGCCAGACAGCUGAAACAAAGCUUGCUGACCUUCUCGAUAGUACACUUUGGAAUCGGAGGCUUGCUCCGUCAUCCGAAAGGAUUGUUUAUGGUUUGGUACAGCAAAUAUUUCACGGCAUACGGGAAUAUUUCUUGGUUUCCACAGAAUUAAAGUUCAACUGUUUUCUUUUGAUGCCUAUUGUGGACAAGUUGCCUGCACGGCUUCGGGAAGACCUAGAAUCUGCUUUUGAAGAUGACCUGGAAAAUGUUUUUGACAUAACCAAUCUGCAGCUUUCAUUGGGACAACAGAAGAAAGAUAUAGAAAUUGAACAGAAAAGGAUCAACAGGCUCAAAGAUAAAUUCAGAAUGAUACACGAGCAGCUAAUUCAACGGCAAGUCGUGUGA